AUGAAACAUGAGUUGAAAUUGUGUGCUGAAUUUAAAACUUGGCAAGAAACAAUUGUAGCUAAUGAACCAAAAGAAUAUAAUAAGAAAACUAACUUGACAUCUGCUCCAAGUUUUAUGAGAAAAGUUUUUCCUAAAACUGCUGAUGUUUAUGAAUGGUAG